AUGGCUCCAAACUUACCUCCUAUCAAGUCAGAUGAUUCCAAAAUUUGCGUGGUCAUGGUUGGCCUCCCAGCGCGGGGCAAGAGUCUCAUAGCUGGAAAGGCUAUGCGAUAUCUGGCCUGGGUGGGCAUUCCAGCUCGUGUAUUCAACGUUGGCAGCUAUCGGCGCCAUAACACUCCCCAGCCAGAGGCCACUUUCUUCGAUCCCCACAAUGCUGAGGGUGAGCGCAUGCGCCGGGCGGCCGCUGAGGCCGCCAUGUCUGACAUGCUGGCUUGGUUCCAAGCCGGCAAGGGCGUGGUUGCCAUUUUAGAUGCAACCAAUUCCACAAAGGAACGCCGAAAGUGGAUUCAUGAGCAGUGUGCUGCUGCCGAUAUCGAGACACUCUUCGUUGAGUCAAUUUGUGAUGACGAAGAUCUCAUCAUGAACAAUAUUCUAGAAGUCAAGACCACUUCGCCGGAUUACAAGGGUCAGGACCCUGAGUUGGCCGCCCAGGAUUUCCGGAAGCGUAUUGUCAACUAUGAAAAAGCUUACGAGACGAUUGGCGAUGGCGAAAAGUCCUACACUUAUGUCAAGCUCAUCAAUGUUGGAUCAACUGUUAUCAUCAACCAGAUCAAGGACUAUUUGUCAAGUCGUCUGGUGUACUACAUUCAAAACCUGCACAUCAAGCCCCGAUCAAUCUGGCUAUCUCGACACGGUGAAUCGGAAUAUAAUCUUACAGGCCGUAUUGGCGGUGACUCCAACAUCUCAGAGCGUGGUGAAGCCUACGCUCGCGCUCUACCCGAGCUAAUGCGCAAAUCCGGAAUUCCCGAGAACACCAAGAUUGUCAUCUGGACCUCAACCCUCCGCCGUACCAUCCAAUCUGCCCGGCACCUCAAAGCCGAAACUGGCUUCGAGAAACUAGAAUGGAAAGCGCUAGACGAGCUGGACUCGGGCGUCUGUGAUGGCCUCACCUAUGAAGAAAUCGCCGAGGAGUACCCAGAGGACUUUGCUGCUCGUGACGAAGACAAGUACAACUACCGUUACCGUGGUGGCGAGUCCUAUCGCGACGUCGUGAUCCGUUUGGAACCCAUCAUCAUGGAGUUGGAGCGCAGUGAGAAUGUGAUUAUCGUUACGCACCAGGCUGUAUUGCGUUGUAUUUAUUCAUACUUUAUGAAUGUGCCGCAGGAGAAGAGUCCGUGGAUGGAGGUUCCUCUGCACACGUUGAUUAAGCUUACGCCUCGUGCGUAUGGUACAGAAGAACAACGCUUUAAAGCAGGCAUAUCUGCUGUGUCUACGUGGCGUGGGAAGGGAAGUUCGGCGAAGCACCAGGACUUCCCAGCUGAUAUCGAGGGACAGGAAAAGAAAUAA